CCCCGCUCAUAAAUUCCUUCCUCCUACGUAUUACUACCCGUUUGCAUGUCGAAUGCUCUCCUGCGAUUUUGGGCCCCCGCGCUGUGACUAUAUGACACCCAUGUUGUACGCUUCACAUAAGAUAUGCCGCCUAUGCCAUUCUCUACCUCCCUCCCAAAAGUAGCGUAUGCUCUUCCUUUUUUCAGCUUCGGUUCAGCUCGCCUCUGCGGUAUCGAUGAGGGGGAUGCGGUCGGGCGUGGGAUAUGUUUGACUUGCCUGGUGACUUUUACGUGCGGGCGGCAAGAGGACGUUUGAACGCGAAUGGGUUGCGGUACUGCCGCACUUGCCCUUGUUUCCUGCCGUCUUCAGGCCGUCUUCCCGCAUCUGGCGACGAAGAAGACCCGCCAUGCCGCCCCGGCGAAUGCCCCCUCCCCCUCCCCGGCGGAGCAGCACCGCUACCUCGAUUCACAAUGAGCACCCUAGUGGGCGUCAUCCGCUGGGCGUAUCGCCACCUCCGCCACCCCCGCGGCGUCGGACAUCGUCCACGCUCUCGUCUACUGCUGCCUAUCUGCCGACACCAGAGACCGAAGGCGACGAUGAGGGGACAUACGGGCUGCCGUCUGUCGCGACAUCGCGGCCACGCCCUGUACGUCGUUUGACGGUUGAUGAGAUCGAGCAAGACGAUCCCGAGCUUGGUCGGCUGCUGAGGCGCCCGCCUCCCCCACCUCCGACCAGCAAAGCUGACAAGCAGGGACCGCCUCCUCUACCACCGAAUCGACCCUCUAGGUCCUCGCUUCCUACUCCUCCCCCCGAGCCAGAUACCGAGCCAGAAUCUCAGUAUGAACCUCAGUAUGCAGAGCAAUCCACAGACGCACAGAGCGUUGAACGCCCUGCUUGUCUCAAAUGCCACGACUUCUCCGUCGUUGACGCGCACGCCGCGCAAUUCCCUCGCCAAUCCGUGCAGUCACUAGAACAACUGGCCUACGAUCUGACUGCCCCAUUCCUUACCGAGACGGACAAGUUCCGGGCGAUCUUUACCUGGCUACACCACAACGUCGACUACGAUACGCAGGCGUUCUUCGGGGGGACCGUCCGCGCGGUGACGCCAGAGGACACGCUGCGUAGCGGUCUCGCUGUCUGCGGCGGAUACGCCGGUCUGUUCGUGCACCUCGCCGAGCUUUCGGGGCUUACUGCAUACGAAGUAAGCGGGCAUGGCAAAGGAUUCGGCUUCGAGGCGCUCCCGCCUGGCGCAGCAGUGCCGGAGGAACAUACAGGGCACGCAUGGAAUUGCUGCUACAUGGACGGCGUCUGGCAGCUCGUGGACCCCUGUUGGGGCGCGGGCGCGCUCGUGGGAGGCGUGUAUAAUCGACGCUAUGCGCCCGAGUGGUUCUCGAUGACGCCCAUUGAAUUCGUCCAGAGGCAUUUCCCGACCGACCGUUCGUUCCAGCUCAUCGGUGAGGAGGACGGCGGCGUGGUCGAGUGGGCGGACUACAUCAUGGCUGCGCCGCGUCCGCAGAUUUACAGCGACUUCCACGAGCAGAAGUUGCACCCCGAUACUAUCCAGCCGAUCUCGAAGGAGGUGCAGGGGGGUGCGACGACGGUAUUCAGCGUUUGGAAGCUGUGCGAGCACAUGUCGAUCGCGGAAGAGGACAACUACAUCUACGCGGUGAAGACCUCGGACAAGCUGGUUCCGAUGGAAAGAAAUGACCAAGGUGGCUGGAGUGCCUCGGUUUACGUGCCAAGAGGUGGCGACAAAGUAUCGAUCUACGCUGUGACGACGAUUACCGAACGAUCCCUUCUCGGCGCUGUCAAAGAAGUCAAUGGCUUCGGGUAUCCCAUGUCUGCUUUCAAGAAAGCCAUUGGGAAGAAGGGCAUGGCAUUCAAGUUCUUGGUCGCGUGGAAUGUCGUGUAAUUUUCCCCGUGCUACUCAGUUCGGAUUCGGAUGCUAGCUGGGAUGGUACAUACUCUAUACCCUGUUUGUCGUAUGAGCCAUCAGUUAUCUGCAUUGCGUUGGUCAGUAGCAUCAAUGUUAGUGGUGUUCCGUAUGUCGCGAAUAUCAUAGGAGGGACAAUUACGGCAA